CGCCGGAGGCUGCGUGGAGAAGCACACACCAGCUUGAUAGUAAACCUGGAGGUAGCAUUGAAGACGGUGAUGGGAGAUGUAGUGAGUGGGCUACAGCUUUAGUUCAUUAUUAUGUGCUGCGUGGUUGUGGCGAAGGAGAGAGAGAGAGAGAGAGAGAGAGAUAGAUAGGGAGAGAGAGAGAGGUGUCCAUAUGAUGAGACGGUGUGAGGAGCGUCUUGGAAAGGCAGAGGUGUGAAAGAUUUGAUUUGUCUGCAUAUCCAGGAAGGAAAAGUGGAAGACCGACGGAUUUGUGUCCUCAUGACUGCUUGACUCAAGUAGCCUAGGCAGAAACGGGUUUCUCACGAGACCUGCCUCUUGGAUCAGGUGCUUGAGCUGAUUAUGAACGAGAAGCCCCCAAACAGUGCCAGUCUUUUCCUUAACGAGGACUCGGACAAACCCCAACUGCCAGAGAGAGGAGACUUGAAGAGGCGCAUACGCAGGGCCAUGGAGAAGAGAGCCAGCAGCAUGAAGGAGAGGAUGGGCUCCAUCAGUCGAGAGAGCAUCAAAGGUUUCCUGAAGAGGAACCUGUUUGUACUCUUCACCGUUGCCGCAGUGGCUCUAGGUGUCAUCCUAGGCUUUAUUUUACGACCUCACAACCUGUCCCAGAGGGAGAUCAAGUACUUUGCCUUUCCAGGGGAACUGCUAAUGAGGAUGCUUCAGAUGCUGGUGCUGCCUCUCAUUGUUUCCAGUCUGGUCACAGGUAUUUCUUCCUUGGACAGCAAAGCCUCGGGUAAAAUGGGUGUGCGUGCGGUGGUGUACUACAUGGUCACCACCCUGCUGGCUGUCUUCAUCGGCAUUGUCAUUGUGAUAAUCAUCCAACCUGGGAAAGGAAGCAGGGACAGUCCUGUGGCCAAGAGUGGAAACAUAGAACCAGUUCAGGCUGCUGAUGCUUUCCUGGAUCUCAUUAGGAAUAUGUUUCCUCCCAAUCUUGUUGAGGCUUGUUUCAAGCAGUAUAAAACUGUGUACAAGAAGACUGUGCACACAAGGAACGUGACAGUUACACUGAAUCUCACCGACACUCUCAACGUGACAGACUCUAACCUCAACAUGAACCUCAGCAGAGUGCUGCACACCAUACAGGAAACAGUGGAAGAGACUGUACCUAUGUCCGGCUCCUCUAGUGGAGUGAACGCUCUGGGUUUGGUGGUUUUCUCCAUGUGCUUCGGUCUUGUCAUUGGCAACAUGAAACAGCAGGGUCAGGCUCUCAGAGACUUCUUUGACUGCCUGAAUGAAGCCAUCAUGAGGCUAGUGGCCAUCAUCAUCUGGUAUGCUCCAGUGGGCAUCCUGUUCCUGAUUGCAGGGAAGAUUGUAGAGAUGAAGGAUCUGGCACAGGUGGGAGGCCAGCUUGGGAUGUACACUGUGUCGGUCAUUGUGGGUCUUCUCAUCCAUGGUCUUUUUGUCCUGCCAUUACUCUUCUUCCUGGUGACCAGGAAAAACCCCUACAGCUUCAUUGGUGGCCUGCUACAGGCGCUCAUCACUGCUUUUGGAACUUCAUCUAGCUCUGCUACACUGCCCAUCACCUUCCGCUGUCUAGAAGAGAACAACCGUGUGGAUAAAAGAGUGACACGUUUUGUCCUCCCUGUGGGAGCAACCAUCAACAUGGAUGGAACUGCUCUCUAUGAGGCUGUGGCAGCCAUUUUCAUCGCCCAAGUCAAUGACAUGGACCUAAACUUCGGCCAGAUUCUCACCAUAAGUAUCACGGCAACCGCUGCCAGCAUCGGAGCAGCAGGCAUCCCUCAGGCUGGCCUGGUUACCAUGGUGAUCGUAUUGACAUCGGUGGGACUGCCCACAGAGGACAUAACACUGAUCAUCGCUGUGGAUUGGUUCUUGGACCGUUUGCGUACCACCACCAAUGUGCUGGGUGACUCGCUAGGGGCCGGCAUAGUGGAGCACCUUUCCCGAGGAGAACUGCAUUGUCACGAUGCUGAGGUUUGCAACUCUGUACUUGAGGAGAACGAGAAGCCCUACCAGCUUAUCUGCCAGGAAAAUAAUUCACACAAUCACCACAACACUGAGACUACAAUGUAAGACCCUUGGGGAUUCACUUACAACGAGCAUUUAGCUAGAGGGUUGGCUGUACGUGAAAGUCUUAGGAAAUAAUAGUUCUUGGUCAACUCAGCCAGUGUUUGGGAUAUCCAGAGCCAUGUUUCUGGCCGUUUAAUGACAGAAAAAUAAAGUACACAAGCUGUCUAGUAGGAACAGUAACAAUCCUACACCUACAACCUGAUUCAGUGUUUCUGCCGAGAGUGCCAGUUAUUUCGGGGGCAUUUUGCUGGUUUGUAACUGUCUAUCUCAGUGUCAGGCAAGCUAAUUAUGUCAAAGACUGUUGAAAGUAUUUUUCAUAGUCUUCAGCUUCAUUGUGUUUCCAAAAUCUUCUAUUAUUAUUGAUCCAUACAGAGAGCCUCAUAAACUACUAACCAGCACUAGUGUUAAAAUACACAGACACCACCAUUCAUAAAAAAAAGGAAACAAUGGAUGUUCUCCUCUUGUGAAUAGUUUAAUCACACAAAACUUUGCAUUUUCUGUUGCAUCAUUUUUUCUUCCAUAAACACUAAUUUUUGUCAGUAUCACCAUGACUACCUCUAAUAGGAUUUAGAGGUUAUAUACGGAUCUUCUACAGCAACCACAUGAAAUACACUGAAGCAUAUCAGCAAGUUGUAAAUACAUCA